CUUCCGGCGGAGGGACUGUCCCGUGGCACCCGGCACGGCGGAGGACGACACGGAAGGCCGGCGGCGCGGGCCAUGGACAACCACGGCCUGGACGAGUUCCGCCGGCGCUGGCAGGAGGAGCUGGCGCAGGCCCAGGCGCUGAGGAAGCGGCGGCGGCCCGAGGCUGCCGAGCGGCGGCCGCGGCGGCCCGAGGUGGCCCCCGGGCGCGGCGAGCAGGCCUCGGGGUACCUGGCGCUGGCGCAGGGGUUGCUGGAGGGCGCGAGCCGGCCCCCGGCGGCGCGGGCGACCAGGGCCGAGAGGCAGGACGCGGCGAGCCGUUCCCGCUCCCCCCCAGCCCGUGACGCGGCCGGAGGCGCGGAGCAGCUGGUGGACCAGCUCAUCCGAGACCUGAAUGAAAUGGACGAUGUGCCCUUCUUUGAUAUCCAACUGCCUUAUGAAUUGGCAAUCAAUAUAUUUCAGUAUCUGGACAGGAAAGACCUGGGAAGGUGUGCACAGGUGAGCAAGACGUGGAAGGUGAUUGCAGAAGAUGAAGUGCUCUGGUACCGGCUGUGCCAGCAGGAGGGGCACCUUCCCGAGAGCAGCAUCUCCGAUUAUUCUUGCUGGAAGCUCAUCUUCCAGGAGUGCCGAGCCAAGGAGCACAUGUUAAGAAGCAACUGGAAGAAUCGCAAGGGAGCCGUGAGUGAGCUGGAACACAUUCCUGAUGCUGUUUUAUGUGAUGUGCACUCUCACGACGGUGUUGUCAUUGCUGGGCUCUCCCCAUUUUCUCACUAUGGCCCUGCUCUCUGUCUCGACUUGGAACCAACGAGGUCCUUCUUUUCCAGAUACACAUCAGGGGACGUGAGGGUGUGGGACACCCGCACCUGGGACUACGUAGCCCCCUUCCUGGACUCCGAGUAUGAGGAGGAGGAUGAGCCUGGAAUGCAGCCAUAUGUCUCCUUUGUGAGGAUAAACAGCUCGUUGGCGGUAGCGGCUUAUGAGGAUGGAUUUCUUAAUAUUUGGGAUCUAAGGACUGGAAAGUAUCCUAUUCACCGCUUUGAGCAUGAUGCAAGAAUACAGGCACUAGCCCUCAGCCAGGAAGAUGCCACUGUUGCCACAGCUUCUGCUUUCGAUGUUGUGAUGUUGCAUCCCAAUGAGGAAGGAUAUUGGCAAAUAGCUGCAGAAUUCGAAGUUCAGAAACUGGUUGACUACCUUGAAAUAGUUCCAGAUACCGAAAGGUACCCUGUGGCAGUGGCCACUGCUGGAGAUCUGGUGUACCUGCUAAAGGCUGACGACUCUGCCAGAACCCUCCACCACGUCUACGGGCAGCCCGUCACCUGUCUGGAUGUCUCGGCCAACCAGGCUGCUUUUGGAGUGAAGAGUCUAGGAUGGGUACACGAAGGAAACAAGAUCCUGGUCUACAGCCUGGAAGCAGAACGCUGCCUCUCGAAACUGGGCAACGCGCUUGGCGACUUCACCUGCGUCAACCUCAGGGACAGCCCUCCCCACCUCAUGGUCAGCGGCAACAUGGACCGGAGGGUGAGGAUCCAUGACCUCCGCACCAACAAGAUCGCCCUGUCGCUCUCUGCACACCAGCUUGGCGUCUCUGCUGUGCAGAUGGACGACUGGAAAGUUGUCAGUGGAGGCGAGGAGGGCCUGGUCUCCGUGUGGGACUAUCGUAUGAACCAGAAGCUGUGGGAGGUGCAUUCCAGACACCCCGUCCGCCACCUGGCCUUCACCAGCCACAGCCUCAUCACGGCCAACGUGCCCUACGACCGGGUGGUGCGCAAUGCCGACCUGGACAACUUCGCCACACACAGGAGGCACCGGGGGCUGGUCCAUGCCUACGAGUUCGCCAUGGACCGGCUGGCCUUGCAGAGUGCUCUUCCUGCCUGCCGCUCGUCCUGCGACACCACGGCGGGUAACAGCUAUGACCUCGCGCUCGCCUUCCCCUACGACAGUACUUAGGGGACAGUGAGAAAUGGAAAGAACAACAGGACCUCUGCUCCGGGUUUCAAAGGUUUGGGGGAAGGAAGCAACCCCGGGUACUUGCGUGACGCACCUUCCCGAACUGCCUGCGCUUUCCCUCUGUCCGUUUUCCUCCCGCGACGGCACAGCUGGGGCUUGUCAGGCUUUUCCCCCUCACUGGUCCCUCUCUCCUGGCUUUGAGAACCACACACUGAUGACUCACAUGUAUAUGCCUUCCCCACAUCCUCCUCCUCCUCCAGCCAGCCCGCCCGCCUCGGGGGGACACCCCAGCGGGUUCCCGUCUCUCCUGGACACUGCAGCUCCACUAAGGCCCGGGCUUAUCACUGUGAACAAGGCUCUCUGGGCCCUGCUCCCACCUGCCCCCGGUGGCUGUGCCUGGAUGAGAUCGGGUGUUCACGCAGGCGGGCUUCUCCGACACCAUGGCACCAGUGCACACCUGGGUUAGCAGUAUUUUUCCACAGAGCUUUUAUAAUUAUAUAUUUAUACCAUUAUUCCACUAAUGACUAUUUUGCUUCUUAUUGCGUCUACAUGUGAUACAAAGCAGAUAUUUUCUACAUAAUCACUGAAUAAACAGCCAUCCUCCAAGUGGGAUGGACGGUGAUUCUACACGGGAGGAACCGUCAUGUCAAACCACUAAAAUAAAGCCAAGGCGAGAGAACUGUUCCGUUUGAUAAACAGCUUCCACUUGCAAAGGAUUAAGUGGCAAACCAUUGCCUUACCCUUGGUUUACAGUGUUGGCAGCAGCCACCUGCUAGACCUUCAAAAUGUCACAGUAAUACGGACAGAACUAAGAGAAGCAAGACCCAUAUUCCAGUGAGUUAGCAACAGAUCACAGCAGCCAAAACACUGAAACACGAGGAUGUACUUGGUGUAAUAUACAAGUUGACCCAAUAGAUACAUAAGGAAUUUUGUACCUCUCCAAAUACCCACAGACCAUGCACAGAUCGAUACCAGACGGCCUUCCUCAGCGACCCUGAAUCCUAAUGCCAUAACACUGAAGACCAACAGAAAGCUAAAUAACAAAAACACCUGCCAAUUCCAGACACUCUGACUUGGUUUUGAAAAAAGAAAUCAAAACGGACCUGAGACCAGGAAAGCACACUGUCCAGCCAGGAGAGGCCCCCCGCACGCUUAGCCCAGCAGGGUGGCCACGGCAGUGGAGCUCGCACUACCAGCGUGUCAAAUGGCCCAGCCCUGCGGGCCGUCACUCAGUCCCAGCACCUUUGAUCGUGAAGGUUCCGAUUACUUAAGAUCGACAUUAAAACCCCAUGUCCAGCAGGAGGCCAGGGGAGCCGUGACUAGGAGCUGUCCCCUCUCCGCCCAGCCUGCCCUCCUGGAGGCGCACUGUCGGGAUGCCACGGCUCUGCCUCUUUCAGCCCCACGGCUUCGGGAGUGAAGUGGCUGCAGUUAGUAAAGGAGGGGUUUCCUCACUGUCACUCGGGUUCCGACCCCGUUUCUGGAAGCUGUUCCUCUCAGUCUUAAUGCCACUGGGUAACAUUUUUCCUUUGAAGAAACAGUUCUGCCCAGUCUGAUCUCCCAGUUCAUUCUUCCAUACUAGCUUUGCAGCAAUUUUACAUAAUUGAACAGUUUAAAGAAAUCAGACCCAGACAAUUACACCAAAAUUAAAAAUAGUUUUAAACUAUUGCUAUCCACUGCAACAGCUGGUCCAGUGUAAAAUACAAGCACCCCGUAUCUAACUUACCUCCCACUCCUGAGAACUGAGUUUUGCAAAGAAGAGAUUGUCACCCAAACCGUCAUCUCCAGGCACACCCACCUCAGUGUUUUCCGCUGUAAACCUGACAUCCCGGAGACACGGCCGGGUGGGGAAAGGGCCGGAGUCUCUUUAUAAGCCACCAUUGGCCCAGCAGCAGAGAAAGGCUUGGCCAUGUCCACCCCUCUGCCCACCCCUCGGGCUGUUCCUCCCCAUGGGCUCCUUUCAGAGAGCUGCUCCCACGUUCUGAGCUGGUUGCAGAUCUCACCUCUGCUUCCCAAGCUCUUCCCCGCUGUCGCCCUGCAGACAGAAGGGACUUGGAUGUGCUGCGGGGGGCCAACGGCCAGACCCCAGGCUCUUGUGUCCUGUCUCAAAACGUUGUAUGACUUUUGCUUUCUACUUCAUUACUAUGUUUGUGUUGGUUCUAAUAUUAAAUUUCUAAAAUGUU